UUUCAAUUCAAAUGCAUUGAUAACUAACGAGAUUCCUUGAAUCACUGGCCUUAUCACAUUACUCACUUACUCCAAAUACUGUCUAAUCGCACAAUCGAUAAUGCACGAUGCCGUUCGACUCCAACUGAUAUACUCCAACUUGGCCCUCCAUCGGAGAUAAUUCUCCGCCUUCUUAUCAGCUCCUUCCUUCAACCUUACCGGGCCUGUCACUGUAGGGACAGGGAUGACUCGCAUGCAGACGCACAUCUUAUCACUAUUGAUAUUGACUCCUUGCAGAAUUUCAACGCACAGGGAUCGCAUGAUAAAAAUGUAAGGGACCCCGCUCGGGAGGGUGUCCCAUUCUCCCACAACCAUCGCGUCCAUCAUGUCGUACUUCGACGAGUCCAAAGACAUCAAGGUCGCCCCAGUCCAGGACCCCAGUGAAGACAUCGGAAUAGCCAACUCUUCGGAGCUGAAGACGAGCGAUGAAAGCCAUGAAGUCUUCAAACGAGGUGACGGUCAAGUCGACUUCCGCACCGUCAGCUGGAUCCGUGCCUCAGCGAUCUUUCUGAAGAUGCUAUUCGCAACUGGAAUUCUCUCCAUCCCAUCGGUCAUGUAUGAUCUGGGGGCCUUUCCUGGAGCAGUCAAUCUGGUAGGGUGGUGCGUGAUCAACGCCUACGGGGCCAUCAUCCUUGGCCGAUUCCGUACUCUCUACCCACAAUGCCACUCCGUGGCCGACAUGGCCCAACUCACAGGAGGCCCCAUUCUCCGGGAGCUGGUCGGCUUCAUGUUCAUCGUGACAUAUGUGAUCACCGCCGCAUCAGGGAUCAUUGGCGUUUCGGCCGCAUUCAACGCCCUAUCCCUCCACCCCCUAUGCACAGUGUGGUUUGCAUUCAUCUCGACCAUCAUCAUCGCGGGAUUUGCUAGCGUACGCAAAUUCUCCCACAUCGGCUGGCUCACUUGGGUCGGCUUUGCCAGCAUCCUAGCCGCCGUGCUCAUCGUCGUAAUCGGCGUAACAACUCGCUCUCGCCCAUCAAUAGCCCCCCAAACGGGGCCCUACGACCUCGGCUACCGGGCAAUCGGCAACCCAACCUUCGCAGCAGGGAUAACCGCCUCAGCAACAAUCUUCGUCUCCAGCGCCGCCACCUCAGCCUUCCUCCCCGUAAUCUCCGAAAUGCGCAAACCAAAAGACUACCCGAAAGCCGUCUAUCUCUGCAUGACCUUCGUAACAGCUUCCUACCUCGCCUUCUCCCUAGUCAUCUACCGGUGGUGCGGACAAUGGAUCGCGUCCCCGGCACUCGGCAGCGCCGGCCCAACCCUCAAACGGGUGGCCUACGGCAUUGCCCUCCCCGGUCUGAUCGUCAGCGGCUCUCUCUACGUGCACGUUGCCGCAAAAUACCUCUUCGUCCGAAUUCUCCGCCACUCUCAACACCUCCAAGCCAACACCUUCAUUCACUGGGGUACAUGGCUGGGAUGUACGAUCGGAUUAGCCGCGAUCUCGUUUAUCUUGGCAUGUGCGAUCCCGAUCUUCACAUAUGUGCUAGCCCUGGUAGGUAGUUUGGGAUUCGCACCGUUGGCGUUAUGUCUGCCUGGUUGUUUGUGGGUGUAUAGUCAUGGACAUUAUUGGAGAGGGGGGUUGGUCAAGCAGGUGGUGUAUCUGCUGCAUGUUGGGUUGAUUGUGUUGGGAGUGUUCCUGACGGUGGGGGGAACUUAUGGAGUCAUUGUACAGAUUAUGGAUGCGUAUAAGAGUGGGGAGAUUGAUGGGGUGUUUUCAUGUGCAGAUAAUAGUGGUUCGACCUGAGGUUAGCUUGUUUGUUUCCAUAGCUUGUUUUUAAUAUUUGUUGGGAUUAGGUAAAAUUGGCUGGGUAUGUUGGUUUACGUCUUUUCUUUGAUAUAGAUGUGAAUGUGAAUGUGGAUAAAUGACAUAGAACCAUAUCUCAAUGCUAUGACUAAAGGUCAUUAAUCACAGAUUCGGAGAUAGA